AUGACCUCGUCACAGAACGCCGCCGUCACUGACCUCAAUCCACCGUUUGAUGUCUGUGACGUCACGGCGAGUAAAGAGGAACAUCUGACUGUGAUUGAUCCUGAGAGAGGAGAGAGGAGAGGAGGCAAGGAGAGGAGAGAAGGAGAGAGGAGAAGGAGGAGAAGGAGAGAGGAGGGAAGAGAGGAGGAGAGAGGAGAGGAGGCAAGGAGAGGAGAGAAGGAGAGAGGAGAGGAGAGGAGGUGGGAAGAGAGGAGAGAGGAGAGAGGAGAGGAGAGAAGGUGGGAAGAGAGGAGAGAGGAGAGAGGAGAGGAGGCAAGGAGAGGAGAGAAGAAGAGAGGAGAGGAGAGGAGAGAAGGUGGGAAGAGAGGAGAGAGGAGAGGAGGCAAGGAGAGGAGAGAAGGAGAGAGGAGAGGAGAGAGGAGAGGAGGCAAGGAGAGGAGAGAAGGAGAGAGGAGAGGAGAGGAGGUGGGAAGAGAGGAGAGAGGAGAGAGGAGAGGAGAGAAGGUGGGAAGAGAGGAGAGAGGAGAGAGGAGAGGAGGCAAGGAGAGGAGAGAAGAAGAGAGGAGAGGAGAGGAGAGAAGGUGGGAAGAGAGGAGAGAGGAGAGGAGGCAAGGAGAGGAGAGAAGGAGAGAGGAGAGGAGAGAGGAGAGGAGGCAAGGAGAGGAGAGAAGAAGAGAGGAGAGGAGAGAGGAGGAGAGAGGAGGAGAGAGGAGAGGAGAGAAGGUGGGAAGAGAGGAGGAGAGAGGAGAGAAGGAGAGAGGAGAGGAGAGAAGGUGGGAAGAGAGGAGGAGAGAGGAGAGAAGGAGAGAGGAGAGGAGAGAGGAGAAGGAGGAGAAGGAGAGAGGAGGCAGGUUCCUUUCACAGGCAGAACCAGACUGA